UCUCAUUUGAAACAAUUUGUUGUGGUCCUCCUCUUCCUCGCUAAAACCAGGCUGGGUGCUGCCCAUCUGUUUGUUUUUCCCCUGGUGGUCAGAUUUUUGUGCAGCUACAGAAAAUGAAGAAGUUUUUCGAUGACAUUAAGAAAGACAUCAAAUUUAAAUCCGCGGGACCCGGGAAGAAACUAACGGAAGACACCAGUGCCAAGCCUGAGGUGGUGCAGGGCAGAUCCAGUGUCAAGCACGAUCGACAUGCCCCCAGUGAAGGAGCCCAGAGGGCUGGAGCUGCAGCCUUGGCCAGGAUUGAACAGCAUCAGAAGCCGAAGGUUCACACCUCCCAGGACGCCAUUAGGACCCAGGUAAAAAGAGAACUCGAGGCCGAGGCAGCUGCACUUGCUGAAAAAGAAAAGGAGGCAGCUGCAGCAGAGGGCUCCAAAGUGCCAGUGAAAGAUCCCACCCUUCUCUCAGUAUCGGGCGUCUAUUUCAUCUGUCCACUAACUGGAGCCACAUUAACCAAGAGCGAGAGGGAAGUACACAUUAAAGAGGCCAUUUUAAUGCGGUUUGAGGAAGAUGAAGUCGAGGCGUCGGUUAUGAUGAUGCACACAUUUAACAAAGACAGAGAGAAAGUGAAGGCUGCUGUGGACAUCAUAAGCAAAUAUGUUGAAAAUAUAUGCAAGAACCCCACAGAAGAGAAAUACAGGAAAAUUAAACUCAGCAACAAAGUGUUCCAGGAGAAAGUAAAGUCUGUGGAGGGCAGCAGGGAGUUCCUGCAGGCUCUGGGCUUUACAAGUGUGAUGCUUCCCAUAGAGGGCCAAGAGGAGGAAGAGGAGUUCCUGGUUUUGCCAGAGCAGAGCCCCGAUGCGCUGGAGCUGAUGAAGGAGAGGAGGGAUCGUCUUCAGAGAGGCGAGCCGGUCAGAGCGCAGCUGGACAGGCAGCCUCAAGCUUUCAGGCCGUCUCCUAACGCUCAACGCUUUGAGCUGCCGCCAGAGUUCUACAACCUGACAGCGGAGGAGCUCAAAAGGGAGCAACAGCAGAGGAGUGAGUUAGUAGAGAAGAACGCCAUGCUGCGCACUAAAGCCAUGAGGGAGAAAGAGGAACAGAGGGAGAGGAGGAAAUACAACUACACCCUGCUCAGGGUGAGACUACCUGAUGGAAACCUGCUACAAGGAACAUUUUAUGCCUGGGACCGGAUGCCUGUGCUGUUUUCAUUCAUGCGGGAGUCUCUGGUAGACGGUUGGCAGCCCUUUGAACUGAUUGCUCCUGGAGGUCAAAAACUACAAGAAUCUGAAGACAUUGCUCUCGCAGAGUGCAACUUGGUCCCUGCUGCGCUGCUCACGUUUGCCUGGGAUGCAGCUGUGCAGGCUGAUAUUGCAGCUGCAGGUGGAAAGAGCCCCACUCUCCUCAAACCGGAACUGCUGGAAAACAUUCGGAGCCUGAGCUGAGCAGGAGUACUCUCUCCCGAACCCUCCCCUCUACCUCCCUCUUUCCUCUCACACUACUGGGGUGAAUUCGGCCCUUUACUAGUGACACAUUUAUUUUUGCAAACUCUAACCUAAGUCGGUAGCAGUGAUAGAUUAGGGGCAAUGUUACCCUAAUAUAUUUGUUGGGCUGAGCAUAAUCUCCCCAUGGGGAUGAGGUCACAACACAGCCUGCUUCAGCAGGACAUGUUGAAGGAAGCACUGCUGACAGAUGGAAAGAGAAAGCAGGAGCACGUGGUUGUUUUGCAUCCCGAAUGUACAUGCUGUGUAGUAAACAGACUCUGCAGCUGCAGUCUUUCCUGUUCUACCCAAGUCAGUCAGGUAGAGUUUUCAAAGCAUGUUGAGACCCUGUUUUAACUGUGUCACCACUUCCUCCCCUUUAGAAAAAAAUAAAUAGCAAAGACCGUUCAAGAUACAGUUGUUGAAUCACGUUAAGUAUCUCAGCUCCUUCAGCGGCUCCUGUGAUUUUGGUUUUUUUUAAGGCUGCUGGGUGUCAGUGCACUGGCUUUACUUCAGACUUGAAAUGCUCUGUGCUUUGUUUGGCGGUGUUCGAGAUUAGCUCAGUGUAGUCUGUUAACUGAUUUGAUGUGAUACGAGUCUGGCUUUAUUGCUGAAAACAUACAUAAGCUUCUGUUGCCCUUUUGUCCUCUGCUCCGGAGCGGCCUUGAACUCCUUGGUGUUACAACACAGACUGUCUUUUGUUGUUGCUUCAGUAUGAGCAUGAGCCUAAAUCAGAAUUCAUAAAUCAAAGUUUUUAUUUUGGAUAAUUUUGAAAUUUAUGUUGAGAUAAAACAGAGGGGUAACUUAAAAAUAAUUAAAAGAUGAGGCCCAUAUAUAUAGUUUUAUAAUUGUGUCAGCCAUGUGGUGACAAUGUGAAGGCAAUUCUAGUACUGGAAUCAAGUAUUUUGUAAGUUUGUAACAAUGAAGGAUAUUUUGGGGAGUAGGGAGGGGCCUAAACACCUCUACUAUUACAUUGUUCACACUUAAAUGAUUAAUGUUUGAAUUUUAUGUUGAAGCUUUAUGUAACCAACUCCACCCUGGCAUGGAGAUGGCCAAAUUUCUGGCAGCAUGGAUUUCUGUUGUAUUGAAAAUGGUGGUUAAUUAUUUUUUGUAUUUGUUUGCAUCAAACACUUAUUUUUCUCCACAUAAAAAUGUUCUGAGUACAUGAAAACACCUCAAAACACCAAUUGUCCGAACUGAAUCCAGUGACAACUCAAGUUACAAAAGAGACUGAAGUUUCAAAGUUUAUUCAAGCUGCAUAUGUUUAUUUUGGUUGUGAUUUUGCUGUACAUGAGCAUUUACCAAGUAGAACUUUAAAACCUAAUUACUUUCUCCUUGUAGUGGUUGGUUAAAUGACAACAGCCUACCUCUUACCAUUUCCAUGCAUCACAAGGGAAAUGUACACAAUUAUGUAACAUCAGUCUAAGGUUAGGGGAUACUGUCUUUUCCCCUCUUAUGUUGCUAAUAAUGGUCAGUUGCACACUGAACACACAAAUUAGAACUGGGUGAUGGGGAAACAAACUGAUGUCCACUAUUUCAUUCACAGCCCAGGUUGAAUCAGCCAAAAGAAACAUUUCUGCAGUCUAACACUUGUCCACAGGUAUUGCAUAAAAGGGAUGUAGAUCUUUCAUUAGCACCAUAACAGUAUGAAAAAUUAAGUGAGCAGUUGUGAUCUGUCCAGAUGUUUCCUUCCGAGUGGUGUUCUGUUGCUUUAAGCUGCCUGUAAUAACGAUCGCUUGCAAAGCCUCUUCACUUUUAACAAACAGAAGUCUGUUUAAAAAAAUAAAUAAAAGUUGUCUUUGGAAUA